AUCUCGUGGGGGUGGCUUUAGUUAGUGAUAUGCACGCCUGUCCUUAAUCAUUCCCUCCAUAUUCUCUUUCUGAAUUUGUUAUUCCUAUUAUUUAUUUUUCUUCUUCUCCUUCUUCCGCCCUGUUUUCUUUCUCUGUCUUUGGCUUCUUCCUCUCUCGUACGUUCUAUCUACUGGGUUGUGAAGAUUGUACAAAUUCCAUAAGCUUCUACAAGUUGGGACUGGAUCUGGGUGCUUGUUCUUUUUCCUGUUAUUCAUCUCCUUCACGUUUUAUUCAACCAGUGGCAGGUAACAACAGAGUUGGCAAUAUAACAUGGCUGUCUCCAUGAGAGAUUUGGACCAAGCCUUUCAGGGUGCUGGCCAGAAAGCUGGGCUUGAAGUAUGGCGCAUAGAGAAUUUCCGCCCUGUUCUUGUACCAAAAUCAUCUCACGGAAAAUUUUUCAUGGGAGAUUCAUAUAUAGUCCUCAAGACCACAUCCUUAAAAAGUGGUGCUUUGCGGCAUGAUAUUCAUUAUUGGCUUGGUAAGGAUACCACGCAGGAUGAAGCUGGUACUGCAGCCAUCAAAACUGUUGAGUUGGAUGCAGCUCUUGGAGGACGUGCUGUACAGUACCGUGAAGUGCAAGGCCAUGAGACAGAGAAGUUCUUGUCAUAUUUCAAACCGUGCAUUAUACCACAAGAAGGUGGAGUUUCCUCUGGGUUCAAACAUGCAGAGGCUGAAGAACACAAGACAACGUUGUAUGUUUGCAAAGGAAAACGUGUUGUUCAUGUUAAAGAGGUUCCUUUUGCUCGAUCUUCACUUAACCAUGAUGAUAUUUUCAUUCUCGACACCAAGUCCAAAAUAUUCCAAUUUAAUGGUUCCAACUCAUCCAUUCAAGAGAGAGCGAAAGCAUUGGAAGUAGUUCAAUACAUUAAAGAUACAUAUCAUGAUGGAAAAUGUGAGGUAGCCGCCAUUGAGGACGGCAAAUUGAUGGCUGAUGUUGAAACUGGCGAAUUUUGGGGUUUAUUUGGUGGUUUUGCUCCACUUCCAAGAAAAGUGGCCGGUGAAGGUGAUAAGACGGUUGACUCACAUCCAACUAAACUAUUGUGUGUUGAGAAGGGCAAUAGAGAACCUGUUGAGGCUGAUUCUUUAGCUAGAGAGCUGUUAGAGACAAAUAAAUGCUACAUUCUAGAUAGUGGGACAGAAGUUUUUAUCUGGAUGGGAAGAAAUAGCUCUCUUGAGGAAAGAAAAAAUGCCAGCAGAGCUGCAGAAGAGUUAGUUAGUGUUCCUGAUCGUCCACAAUCACAUAUAAUGCGUGUGAUUGAAGGCUUUGAACCUAUUAUCUUCCGAGCCAAGUUUGAUUCAUGGCCUGAAACAGCAGCUGUAGCUGUGUCAGAGGAUGGUAGAGGCAAGGUUGCAGCACUUUUGAAACGCCAAGGAAUUAAUGUGAAGGGUCUUUUGAAAGCUGAACCUGUCAAAGAGGAACCUCAACCUUACAUCGACUGUACAGGAAAUCUACAGGUCUGGCGUGUCAGUGGCCAGGAAAAGCUUCUACUUCCUGUCUCUGAUCAAUCAAAAUUUUACACUGGAGAUUGCUAUAUUUUCCAAUAUUCUUACUCGGGAGAAGACAAGGAAGAAUUUCUCGUUGGAACAUGGUUUGGUAAACAAAGUGUCGAGGGAGAAAGAGCUGCUGCUCUAUCGCUGGCCAGCAAGAUGGUGGAAUCAUUGAAGUUCCUGCCUGUCCAGGCUCGUCUUUAUGAAGGACAUGAACCAAUCCAGUUCUAUUCAAUUUUCCAGAGCUUUAUUGUUUUUAAGGGUGGGUUGAGUGAUGGAUACAAGAAUUACAUCACAGAAAAUGAAAUUCCAGACGUGACAAAUUCAGAAGAUGGUGUUGCAUUGUUUCGAGUUCAGGGUUCUGGUCCUGAGAAUAUGCAAGCAAUUCAAGUUGAUGCAGUCGGAUCCUCUUUGAAUUCCUCUUAUUGUUACAUUUUACAUAGUGGCUCUACUGUUUUUACUUGGUGUGGGAGUCUUACCAACACAGAUGACCAGGAGCUUGUUGAAAGAUUUCUCGAUGUGAUAAAGCCAAACUGUCAAUCCAAGCCGCACAAGGAAGGUGCAGAGUCUGAACAAUUUUGGGAUCUGUUGGGAGGAAAAGUGGAAUAUCCGAGUCAGAAAAUUGCAAGGAAUAAUGAGAGUGAUCCACACUUAUUUUCUUGCACUUUUGCUAAUGGUGCGUACAAUUCAAUUUCAAUUGUAAAAUGUACUAUACUCUUUCAUCAUUAUUGUUCUUUUUUUGGUAUAUAAGUUGCUGAGAUCUACAACUUUGGCCAAGAUGAUCUGAUGACAGAAGAUAUUGACAUUCUGAGUUGUCACUCUGAUAUCUUUGUUUGGGUUGGUCAGCAGGUUGACCCUAAGACUAAAGUCCAUGCUUUAAAAAUUGGUGAGAAAUUUCUUGAGAUCGAUUUUUUUCUUGAAAAAUUAUCACGCGAAACUCCGAUAUAUAUUGUCAUGGAAGGAAGUGAGCCACCUUUCUUCACACGUUUCUUCUCAUGGGAUUCUGCAAAAUCUGCCAUGCACGGAAACUCAUUUCAGAGAAAACUUGCAUUAGUCCGAAAUGGUGGUACUCCUACUGUAGACAAACCGAAGCGGAGAGCUCCUGUAAUCUAUGGAGGAAGGUCCAGUAGUGUGCCAGAAAAAUCACAGCGCUCAAGGAGUGUGUCUUUUAGUCCUGAUCGAGUCCGUGUGAGAGGAAGGUCGCCGGCUUUCAAUGCAUUAGCUGCAAACUUUGAGAACCCAAAUGCUAGAAAUCUUUCUACACCUCCUCCGAUGGUUAGAAAAUUAUACCCAAAAUCUGUUACUCCUGACUCAUCAAGACUGGCUUCUAAGAAUGCUGCCAUAGCAGCACUGAGUGCAAGUUUCGAACAGCCACCACCUGCCCGAGAAGCUAUUAUACCUCGCUCUUUGAGGGGGAGCCUAGGAUCCUUGAAGCCGAAACCAGAGUCGGACAAUAAGGAGAACUCCAUGAGCAACAGAAUUGAAUCUCUUACUAUAGCGGAAGAUGUGAAGGAGGGUGAAGUUGAAGAUGAGGAGGGUCUCACAAUACAUCCGUAUGAAUCACUUACAACAAAUUCAAGUAAUCCAGUAUCAGAAAUCGAUGUGACGAAGCGAGAGACAUACUUGUCGUCGGCAGAGUUCAGGGAGAAAUUUGGAAUGGCAAAAGAUGCUUUCUAUAAGCUACCUAAAUGGAAGCAGAACAAACUUAAAAUGGCCUUGCAUCUGUUUUAGAUCUCCUUGCUAACAAUGUCUUUGAUUGCUCGUCGUGGAGUUUUGGUUGCCAGAUGGGCAACUCAGAGUCCUUAAUGGAGAGCAUCAGUGCAUUUUAAGCUGUUUCUGCUCCCAAACAAAACUCAGAGCUGUUCUUAAUUGGUUUGAUGAAUGGUUUCACUAGCAGUUGAGUUAGUUUGUGCAAUAUAUUCUUUGAAAAUUGGUUUGAUGUGAGCAAUUUUGGUUUUUGUUAUCUCUAAUUCUUUUCUUGUUCAUUGAGUUUUGUUCUUUUAAUAUUAAAAAAAAGGGAGAAGAGGAAAAACAGAGAGCAAUAGUUUAAUUUUAGUUGUAUUGAUUGAUGAUUGAGGAUGGAACCAUGUACAGCAUUGUAAAGAUUAGUCCUCUCAUUUUUUUUUCAUUCUCUAAAAUAAAAAGUGUGAUUUUCUUA